AUGCCGAAGAGGAAACAUAAAACUGAAGACGAAAUUCGUCGCAAGAUUCUUAAGUUACAAGAAAAACUGGCAAGAAGGACUAACGAACAGGAAGAUUACUGUUCGUCCGAAGAAAAUUUUAACGAUGUACCGUAUUCGGAAACACCUUACACGGAGUUGUUACCGUAUUACUGCGAACCUGGAUGGGACGCAUCCGAGGCACAAUCGCCACAGCCGACAGCGCCCUGCCUGUCGGCGGCGCACUCAGCUACGCGACAGCCGUCGCCGCGUUCCGCCGAGGUGGACAACCAGCCGCAGCCCGACUUGCCGCCGCAACCUGUCUCACCAUUACCGCCGCAACCUGUCUCACCGUUACCGCCUCAACCUGCCAUGCCGUUGCCGCAAAAUCCAGGUACAUCAGGCGAAAAUCAACCAGAUGAUUUGCAACUUGAUGAAGAUAUUCUUCAGUUACUAGGCGAUGCUCCAAGGGAAGAAACCCCUAUGGGACCGCCUAUUCAUAAAGAUAUCGCCAGUCGAUGGCAAAAUAUUCUUGCCAAAGGCCUCUCAAAAGAACUAAAGGAAAGUCUAACUAAAGAAUAUCUGAUUCCUAAUAAUUGUGAUCUUUUGAUGGCCCCGACUCUCAACCCGGAAGUUAGGGUGGCUUUACCUGACCCCCUAGUAAAAAGAGACACGUCACUACUUUACAAGCAAAAACAACUGGGUAUUGCCUUGUCCGCUUUAGCUUCAGUAACUGAAAUGGUCCUUGCAAACGAGACUUCAAAACAAAAACUAUUGAAACCUCUCAGUGAUGCUUGCCGCAUUCUCUGCGACAGCCAUUUUACAGAGACAAGAACCCGCAGGGGUUUCAUUAUAUCGUCUAUUAACGCAAAAUUAAAACAGACUCUGAUCGACUCCAAUAGGGAUAAGCUGCUGUUUGGAGAAAAUGUUUCAGAAAAAUUGAAGGCAGCAAAAACUAUUCAGCAGUCUGGCGAAGCAUUAAAGAAUAAUCCCCCUAAACCCAGAUAUAAUCGUCCGAAUGUUCAGUCAACAAUUGCAAAUAGGGGUAAUUUAAACUUCGUACCCCAACACCGCAAGACGGACACGAAGACCAACAACCGUCGAGCCCCUGCUUACUCGCAGAGGCAGAUGUCACACAACAACAGUACGCGACGCCACAACGAUCGCGAUCGCGACCGCGCACCGCCGACGUCGAGGACAGCGGGUGGACAUCAUCGGAAGUAGUUGAUCAGGUACAAUAUGCUGGCAGACUACAAUAUUUUCAUGACAAGUGGUCUGAAAUUACUGAUGAUAAUAUGCUCUUGUCUUGGAUAAAAGGAUACACUAUCCCUUUUAAAACGACUCCCUAUCGAACAGACAAUCCUAGUGUUUAUCCUAAAACUAAACAAGAAAAAAUUGAUUUUGAUCACUGUAUUAAAAAACUACUUAAGAUUAAUGCUAUAUCUCACUGCAAUCAUGAACCUGGCGAAUUCCUUUCUUCAGUCUUUUUAGUGCCAAAACCAAACGGAGAUAAAAGAUUUAUUUUAAAUCUUAAAUGCCUCAAUAAAUUUGUUGAAAAUAAGCAUUUCAAAAUGGAAGAUUACCGAACAGCGUCUAAAUUAAUUACUAAGAAUUGUUACAUGGCGUCAAUUGAUCUGAAAGAUGCGUAUUUCUUGAUUUCAGUGCACAAAUCACAUAGAAAAUACUUGAGAUUUAAAUAUAAUAAUAUUUUGUAUGAAUUUAACUGCCUCCCGUUUGGCCUUUGCACUGCACCUCUGGUUUUUACUAAAGUUUUAAAACCAGUUAUGCAAUACUUAAGGAAAGUACAUCACAUGAUUUCAGUGAUUUAUUUAGAUGAUAUUUUAUGUGUUGGUGGAACAUUCUCUGAAUGUGAAUCUAACGUUGCUCUGACUAAGCAGACUUUUGAGGACUUGGGAUUUCUCAUUAAUUUUGAAAAAAGUUCCUUUGUGCCUAAAACAGAGUGUACAUUUUUGGGUUUUGUUUUUGACUCUGAGAAUUUGAUAAUGAAAUUGCCUCUUUCUAAAAAAGAAAAGAUAAAACACAGUCUUACUAACAUGCUAAAAACGAAAACAUGCAAAUUGAGAGAAUUUGCAAGAUUUGUCGGUUUAUUAAUAUCUGCCUGUCCGGCAAUCAGAUAUUCAUGGUUGUAUACAAAAUACUUUGAACAAUUUAAAUUUUCAUGUUUACUUAAUAACUCUAGUUAUGAACAACUUGUAACAAUACCUGAAAAAUUAAAAUCUGAUAUUAUUUGGUGGUUAGGAAAAGUUGACGAGGGAAAUAAUCCUUUAUAUUGUAAUGAUUUUGUAAUGGAAAUCUUUUCCGACGCAUCUCUGUCUGGUUGGGGUGCUUAUUGUAAUAAUAAUGAAGCUUCCGGCUACUGGAAAGAUCACGAGAAAUGUUUGCAUAUCAAUGAAUUAGAGCUCAAAGCCGCUUAUUU